UUAUAUUAAAAGGUCUAUAUUUUAAAUCAAUUGUUUGGUGAUUAUUUAUAUUCAUUAUCGCACGGUGGUUGAAUAAGCUUGACAACAUUGUGUUUUGGAAAUGGAUAGUUUUUCUAACGAGUCGUGUAACAUUCCUGAUGUUGCAGCGAAGGCGGUUUUACAGCCAUCUUCUUUACCAAAGGAUUGCGAAGCCUAUGUUGAAGGCAUCCAUUAUGAUCAUGAUAUUUCCAUUGAAGAGCUUUUAGCUAUUUAUAAGAAUUUUGGUUUUCAAGCAACGCAUCUAGGUCAGGCUGCUGAAAUGAUUGAUCGCAUGUUGAAGUACAGGUUGAUUGAUGACCCUGUAUCGGAGGAUGAUAUCGGUAGCAAAUAUGAAGAUCCUGAGGUCCGUAAGAGUACCAAGUGUACUAUAUGGCUGGCGUUUACAUCUAAUAUGAUUUCUUGUGGCCUUAGGGAUGCUUUCGUGUACUUAGCCAAGCACAAACUGAUCGACGUCGUUGUGACGAGUGGUGGUGGCGUUGAGGAGGACCUGAUUAAAUGCAUGGGCAAGACCUACAUAGGCAGAUUCAAUAUGGACGGUGCCACCAUGCGUGAGAGUGGCUUAAAUCGUAUUGGUAAUUUGUUUAUACCCAAUGAUAACUACUGUGAUUUCGAAACAUGGCUUCAACCUAGACUGGACGAAAUGCAUCGUCAGCAAACGGAAGAUGGCGUUAGCUGGACGCCAUCGACAUUCAUUGACUUUUUGGGUAAGGAAAUAAAUGACGAGACUUCCUUUUGUUAUUGGUGUCACAAGAACCAGAUACCAGUAUUUUGUCCUGGCAUCACUGAUGGUUCCAUUGGUGAUAAUCUGUACUUCCAUACCUACAGCAAGAGUUCACCCACUACUCUCAAGAUUGAUGUUGUGCGUGAUAUACGUCGUGUUAAUGAUAUAGCUGUCCACAGUAAAAAAUCAGGUAUCAUUAUCCUAGGUGGUGGCCUGGCUAAACACCAUGUUUGCAAUGCUAAUUUGAUGCGUAACGGCGCUGACUUUGCUGUGUACAUUUCCACAGCUCAGGAGUUUGACGGUUCGGACUCUGGUGCCAACCCUGAUGAAGCUGUUUCUUGGGGCAAGAUAAAGGCAUAUACGAAUCCUGUUAAGGUUCAUGCUGACGCUUCCCUUGUGUUCCCCUUACUGGUAGCUGGUGUUUUCCGCAAGUACGAGAAUACCAGGCUAUAGGUACAAGUACAGUUUAUUCAAUUAUGUCAGCAACU